AUGGGCGUGGCAACUAGAAGACCACGCCCACACGGUGUAGACCCCGCACGACGGGCACAGGAGAGGUUUCGACUCUGGCCGUCGGGUCCCUCCAGUCUCCGACGUGCGCCUGGCGCGCAAGGACGCGCGUCUCGCCUGCUCCAUGGCGACUGGCAACUCCCCCCUGCUGCCUCAGCCGGCGCUGUCUGCCUCGUCGUCCAGGGCGCCCAGGGCGCCCCCUUCUUCUCCGGCGCUGCCCGUGCCGUCGGGGGUGCCCAUGCCGCCUUCUUUCCUCCGCCCGCCGAGCCUCUUCGUGCGCGCGGCGGCGGCUGCCGUGGCGGCUGCUGCCGCCGCCGCUGCCAGCGCCGGCCCGUCGCCGUCGGGGACAGCGGCGGCGGCGGCUGCCGCUCCUUCUCGCGGGCGUCGGGGCUGGAGCGCGGCGGCGGCUACCCUCGCACGCCCAAGUGCGCGCGCUGCCGCAACCACGGCGUGGUGUCGGCGCUCAAGGGCCACAAGCGCUUUUGCCGCUGGCGGGACUGUGCGUGCGCCAAGUGCGCGCUCAUCGCCGAGCGGCAGCGGGUCAUGGCCGCGCAGGUGGCGCUGCGGAGGCAGCAGGCGCACGAGGAGAGCGAGGCCCGCGCCGGGAGCCAGACGCCGCCGCUGCCGACGGCCGUUGCCCUUCGACGGAGCGCAGACGGACCGGGGAGCGCGAGCGCAGGAGGGGAGCCCGUGCGCCACGGCCACUGCCCGGAGGUCCCGCGCGGACGAAGAGGUGCGACUGCGGGGGUGAUGGACGGCGGCGGGGUCGGGUGGGGACAGGGAUUGAUGCUGGGCGGGGGGGGGGCAGGAUUAAUGUGGGAGGGGGAGGCAGGGCACCAACCUGUCAUCAUCCUCUGGCUCUGUCUAGCAGAUUCAGAACGAAAUGCCUCAAUAAUAAUGCAUCUACAGUGUUCCCAUGACACUCCCAAAUACAUAGCAUCAUAUGUACAGCAUCAUACAGUGGUAACCUCGGGUUACAUACGCUUCAGGUUACAUACGCUUCAGGUUACAGACUCUGCUAACCCAGAAAUAUUACCUUGGGUUAAGAACUUUGCUUCAGGAUGAGAACAGAAAUCGGGCUCUGGUGGCGGGGCGGCAGCGGGAGGCCCCAUUAGCUAAAGUGGUGCUUCAGGUUAAGAACUGUUUCAGGUUAAGAACAGACCGCCGGAAGGAAUUAAGUACUUAACUCGAGUUACCACUGUAUAUUGAAGUUGGAUUCCUAAACAUGUUGAAGGUUGGGCCAUUAGCCUAUCAUUAGGAAAGCCAUAAUAACUAGCACAGUAUGCAGUAUUACUGAAAACAAUGUGUAGUAUAUUUAUUAUGGCAUAGUGCCAGAAGUUGCUAUUCUCUAUCAGUGAUGUAAAUUACUGACAUUCAACUGAAUAUUGUUUAGGCCAAGUAAGUUGGAUCUUAGAGGGUUGCCAUAUUUCAAGAAGUAAAAAAUCCGGACCACAAAAUUGUUGAGUUUUUUGUUUAUUACAAACCCUACUAUAUGUCCCUCGUACAGGAAAUCGUAGCGGCUAAAGGUGCAAACCACCAGGAAUUUCUCUAGUAGGAACUACAUAAAAAUAAAGUGGGAAUGCUAUUGUCUUCUUUUGCAGGCAAUGGGAGCUGGUAUUAAUAAUUUUUAUUAUUUGCAAGGCAGAUUCUCUUCCUUGGUUUAGUUUUUUAAAACUGGCAAAACCACGAGUUGUUACUUGUGUAGAUCUCAGUGGGUAUUUCAUGUUUCAGGUUUAUACUUCCAGCUGCAGUAAGAGCACAGGUUGCAUGGCUGUAUGUGUGGGAAGCCCUGCUUGGGUGUCUUGCCAUAUGUGCAGGAUAAAUGGAUACAGUGCUGGGCCAAUAAAUGGUAGUUGUGUAGAAAAUCCAAGAUGUGUAAGUGUGGCUGUGCUCCUAGUGCUAUUAGCUUAAUUCUUAAGUAUGUUAACUCAUGAAUAGAAUUUCCAAAGGGAUUGCAUUGCAUAUAUAAUGCUAGUAAAAAAGAGAGAUGUGUGGUCACUUUAAUUCCUCUGUAUCAGGGGUGCCCAAACUUUUUUCAAAGGAACCUGCGUGAGGGCCAACUGAAGUUGUUGACCUUUUUUAAGGAUUUGAGCUGUUUUUCGGAUUUUACCCCAGGAGAUAAACUGCCGGAUUAGGCCCCUGAGACGGGCUUUGGACAUGCCUGCUCUAUAUGAUGCACAGCUGUGAAUACAGAAGGGGGAGGUGAGAGAGAAGGAGGGAGACAUGGAUAUUGGAUGUGGCUUAUAAGCUCACGAGUAUUUGAUUCCAUGUCUAAUUUUCUUUUGCAGAAGAGAAGAUUCAGAAGUACGGCUUUCCCUACAGUGAACCAAGAAGCUCUGCAGCCUACUUGCAGAUACCUUCCUUGAAGUCUUCCCCUGAAGCUACUGGAGACCAUAAAGAGAACUCUUCUGGUCCACAGAUUUCAGGUAAAGAGAUGACCAUUUGUCCUUCAGGUGCCGACGACUCGUUAAAAGGCACCGAUAGUUCAGCAUCUUUGUCUUCGUCAGACAUGGAAUCAGGGAAUGAAAGCGAGCGUCUCAAGGACUUUGUUGCUUCCACUUCCAGCAUCCCUUCUCCUCCUCCUCCUCCUCCUCCAACUUCUAGCAGUUCAAGACGCAGAGACCCGCUUGAUAUCCUUACCAAGGUCUUUCCAGAUCACAAGCAAAGCAGAUUAGAGAGAGUCCUGCAUUUCUGCAGAGGAGACAUAGUCCAAGCUAUAGAGCAGAUCCUGAACGUGAAUGAACAGAAGCAAGAACUUGCAACCUCACCAUUGCCAGGAUGCAGCGUCCUCCAGCGAGCCUCUGAUUUUAGCCUCCUAGGAAUCGAUGUCAGGGCACUUGGCAAUAAAUCAGCCUUUUCUCCUCUACAAAGCAGUCCAGCUUCCUUUGGGAAUGAGGCGAAUCUUUAUGGUCUAAGCCCUAGACUGGGGAUUGGACCUUUGAGAGUGGCAUAUUCCCCACCUGGGAGAGCCUUACCUGGAAUGAUGCCAUCCUACCUUAGGACAGGACUGUUUCCUGCCUUGCCUUUCCACCCAGCAAUGGACUAUUCCUUUUCAGGAAUGAUCAAAGAUGCAUCUUACUUCCCCAAUAAAGACGCAGUUGUCAGUAGCAAGAUCUACACUAGACUGAACGAAGAACACAAAUAG